AACACAGUAAGUUCUUCAAGCGCUGCCCGGUAAUGUUACUCGAAAUAGCCUGCAAUGCGACUGGUUGGAGCAGAGAGUUACUCCUUCCAGGUGCGUGCCUGUAUAAAAACCUCUGGAGCGUGCAUCCCCCCCGCGGGAACCUCCAGCGCCCUCCAUCACAGCAGGUUCUGAAGAAACCAAAUGUGAUUUUCUCGUUUGCCAUGAUCUCUGCACAGCAGCCGCCGUUCCCCAACAAUAUUCAGAGAGUCAUGGACUGCCCAGCUGAGGAAGAAGAAGAAACCUGUGAAGAGCAGUUUGAGUCUGAAAACUGCACCUGCAGCUCCACGUGUGCAUCCUCAACAGCAGAACCCAACUCAGAUUUACCAGUAACCCUUAAAAUACUACAGAACUGGGUUCCUAGAGUUUCCCACUACUUUGACAAAGAGCACUACACGUACGUGGGCCACCAGAUCGUCAUUCAGGAGUCCAUAGAACACUUUGGAGCCGUGGUGUGGCCAGGGGCACUGGCUUUAUCUCAAUAUCUGGAAACAAAUCAAGAACAAUUCAACCUCAAAGACAAAAAAGUUUUGGAAAUUGGUGCUGGAACAGGCUUGCUUUCCAUUGUGGCCUGUCUCUUAGGAGCUUAUGUCACAGCUACUGAUUUGCCUGAAGUUCUUGAAAAUCUCUCAUAUAAUAUUUCAAGAAAUACACAAAACAUGAAUAUGCACAAACCUGAAGUGAGAAAACUGGUAUGGGGAGAAGGCCUCAACGAAGACUUUCCUGUAUCAACUCACCAUUAUGAUUUCAUCCUGGCAAGUGAUGUUGUGUACCACCAUACAGCUCUGGACUCCCUGCUAGCAACUAUGGUGUAUUUUUGUAAGCCAGGAACAGUAUUACUAUGGGCAAAUAAAUUCAGAUUCAGUACAGACUAUGAAUUUUUGGAAAAACUUUGCAAUAUAUUUAACACAACCAUUUUAGCAGAAUUUCCAGAAUCAAAUGUCAAGCUGCUUAAAGCCACAGUAAGAGAGAAUUAAAGAGGAAAUUGUUACUAAUUUUGAUUUAAUGGGAGCACCCUGCAGUUUGGAAUGUUCUGAAGCAUUACGGUGCACCUUCUGUGCAUUUAUGUUUGUAAAGUUGCAGUUGUAUCUGAAUUUUGCAUUACAAGAUAUGACAAAGCGUAUAGCAAUUUGUCUUUGGUUGAUACAUACGACCUGUUCAAACAGACCAAUUUCACUCCACUGAAGGAACAAUGUUAGUAGCAACAGUCAGUAAAAAGGCUUUAACAAAGCACUGAUA